AUGAAGGAAUUAGCAAGUGUUAGUUUCGUCAACAAGAAAGACAAUGGUGCUCUCCAAUUACCACAUCAACUAGCAGAACACAGCCUUCAAUCAUCUCCAGUUUUGAAGCCCAAUGAAAAUGACGAAAUCCAAAGUACAUGUGACCCAUGCGAGGCUUGUGAGCACCAAGAAAUGUUACACUCUUCAUCAGAUAUUGAAGAAUGUCCAAACAAUACUCAGCUACGAUGUUUGUCCGAACAAAUUAAACCGAAAUGGAAGGACGUAGCUCGCUGCCUUCGUCCUCAUUCAUUUCAGUGUUAUGAUAUUGAUGGCAUUGAAUAUGAAUAUGAGCGCAGUUUGUCUGAUCAGUCAGCAGUCAUGUUAGAAAGAUGGAAGAAAAAACAUGGAAGGAAAGCGACUAUUAGGUUGCUGUGCGAAACUUUGCUGGAUGCCGAAUGCAGACGGCAUGCAGAAGAGGUCUUUGGAGAAGAGAUGGUGGAGAGAGUUUUUCGAGAACACACACCAAAUAAAGACGUUUCCUUUGAAUAUCAACUGUUUCAGUUGGCCAAAUUGGUUGGCAGCAACUGGCGAGAGUUAGGUCAAUAUCUCGGCUUCAAUUCAGAACGUAUGGAUUGUAUCGAAAGAGACAUUUCUGCAACCAGAGAGAGAGCAAUCAAAAUGUUAAAUGAUUGGUAUUGUUCGUCUGGAAGUAGAACAAAUUUAGAUGCAGUAAGAUCUAAAGUCGUAGAGUUACAGAGAUCCAAAAGAAGUGCAAAAGAGGAGAAAAAGGAGUCUGUUUUUCCGAGAAAUCUUCGUGAUGACAAGAAAAUGUACGGUCGUGAAAAGGAACUUAGUGAAAUUAGACGACAAUUUUUAGGAGAUGAUGAUCGUCUCUCUUCACUAUCGCUUGCAGUUGAAUUCUGUUUACUGGUGAUUUGUGGCCACGGAGGCAUUGGCAAAUCAUCGCUUGCUGCUCGUUAUGCUGUUAUGUUCAAACAUGUUUACAGUGACGGUGUCUUUUUCUUUAAUGCAGAAUCUUGGGCAAUGCUUCAAGCAUCACUGAAAGAGAAUCGUUCCGAUACACAUGCAAAGGAGCGAGACCCACAGUUUGCGCUUUACGUUUGUCUUUGCAACGGACGAUCAGGCUUAGCUACACAACCGCAGUUAGUGAGGUACUAUCGCAGAGUUAAAGAGUAA